AUGUUGGAUACUGACGCUACGGGCGACAAUGAUGUGUCCGAGAUAGGCUUACUUCCAGUCCAUCGGCCCAUAGAGGCGCAUUAUCUAGACAUCGAACGAGCAUACGCUGGCUACCAUCAUAGCUCAAAAGAUAUUGAAAAUGAGAACAGCGAUCGUCCGUCGGUGUACGUUGACUCCGAGGAGCAACCAUUAAGCUCAAUGGUUUUCGAAGAGAAUGCCCUGGAGAAAUUUCCCGUCAACAAGUUCGAGCCGCGAACCGCGAAAGAUGUCCAAGACCUCGUAGAAAAGUUUCAACACAACAUCAACCACGAGCAAGAGUAUUGGCUCCAGGACGAACUACGUCGUUUUGUGGUCACGGCACAGAAGACGGAUCUCUCACCCGUGUCGACAACCAAGACCAAUCCAUGGAGGAAACACAUUGCGCAACUAAACUCGAGAGAGUCAUCCCUGGAUAUUGAUGGAUAUUCGACCGUUCAAAUGAAGACGAGGUCUGAAAAAGUAUGGAAAACUGUUCAGCUGCCUUUCAGGUUCCUCGAGGUCGACCACGAGGAACUCGAUUCUGAUGAUGAGCUAGAGAACAAAAGACGGGAAGAGCUUGCUCAAGCAUAUCGCAAUUGGGACGGCAGACCUGGUUCGGUCAGUUCGGAGUUUGAAAAGCAGAGAAAAUGCCUAGAAUCCGUCCAUCGUUGGUGGACUGCUUUUCGUCAGCUGAUCGCCACAAUCGACCUUGGAAGAGAGCAGAUCCGAAAAUACGCCGAAUUGAAUGCAGCUGAGAGGUGUAAGACGUGUGGUUUGAGGUACCGCCAGAGCAAUACGCCUUCGUCAAGCGCAUUACUCAGCACCACGGACGUUGAGAAAUGUCGUUGGUUGGCAAGUGCCGUAGCUAAAACAUCCAAGAUCACGCUUUGGCACUUUGUCGAGCGAAAUCGAGCAGACCCUAAUGUUACACAGAAGAAAGCAGAUGAAAAGGAGGAUCAUUAUAAGGUCAGCCCGUCAUUAUGUUCUAUAUGCUUUGUUCAUAAUUGUCUCAUCCACGGCUCAUACAUCGAUGACGACGAUGGGCAGCUUAAGGAACAGAUAUUCAUCAAUGACCCUGAACAGCAGCACAAUGUUAGACGAUACAUCACGAACCAAGUCGACGCUGAUACCACAAAGCACAUCUGCGGAAUCUAUUGUAUAGCAGGUGUCGAUGAAGAUUGCGAGCUAAGUCGUGUGCUUGGUAUUGACCAUGUGGGCAAUUGGACAGGAUUGUCAAACCAGCAUGUAGAUAUCAAUGGCGACACAGCAGGUUAUCAGAAUAAAGAGCCUUGCAGUACCGAUUGCUUUAAGGUCCGCCAGAGGAGACAAGGGACAAUUGGCGCCAACUAUGCUCAGGAUUUCAUGGCUGCUCUGACCCACCGUGAGCUGAAGACGCUCACGAGAACCGUUGAGCUCUAUGGACACAACCUGAAAUUACCUUGCAUUGUUGCUCAAAGGUUGAAGAUGCCAUGCAUAUAUGCUUUCCGAUUCAUCCUAGCGAUUCACCAGAUAUCACCUCACCAAGAUAUUGUCCCGCUACCUAAGACUUCAGCCAAAACCUACAAUACCAGCAGAGCAAACUUCCUCGACGAUAGGCCACCAAUCACUCCUUGUUCUCAUCCUGGACCAUGCCAACCAGACAAAGACUGUCCUUGCGCUCAAGCGAAGGCUCACUGCGAAUGGUUUUGCGCUUGCGACGAGACAUGUGGACGUCGUUUCAAAGGCUGUUCGUGUAAGGGAAGCUGUUUCGACGAUGACAGAUGUGCUUGUUGGGCGCAAAAUCGAGAAUGCGACCCUUGGUUGUGUCGAUGUGGAGUUCUUGAAGUGCUUGAUCCAAGCAACAAGUACAACGAAGAGCUAAGGAAGCAGAAGGGUUGUUGUCGUAACAACAAGGUCCAGCUUGAUUUACCAGCUAGAACGGUCAAAGCUGAAUCUGACGUGCAGGGAUGGGGUCUGUUCGCUGGUGUCGAUAUGCCGAAGAACACCUACAUUGGUGAGUACAAAGGAGAGGUCGUCAGCGAGCUAGAAAGUGUACGUCGUGGAAUCGUCUAUCACAACGUUGGUCAGGAGUAUCUCUUCAACUUCAACACAGGUCAAGUAAUUGAUGGAUCGAUGUUCGGUAACAAGUCAAGAUUUAUGAACAACACGCAAGAUCCAAAGCAUAUCAACAUCGUUUCUUACAAACUCAUAGCGAAUGGUGUCACAAGAGUUUUCUUCUAUACCAAGCAUCCUGUCAAGGCGGGCGACGAGCUGCUUUACAAUUACCAGUACCCAGCCGAUGUACAAGCCAGAUUCUGGGAGAAAGGCGCUAAAUCGAACAAUGGUGGAUUAAUUCCAAUACCAAAACCACACUUGGGUGGGACUGGAGCAAGGACAGCGAGAAAGACUCUCGACAAACAGAAUCCUAAAGCUCGUCUAAAGGGCAAGGAGGCAGAGACGACUGCUAUGCAGCCACAAAAGAGAAAGAGGCAAAUUGUUGAUGACGAAGACGAGGCCAUUGAUCGUAUUUCCGAAGACUUUGUCGAGGAGGAAGAAUUCGAAGAUGCUGUCGAAGAGCAGGACCCUGAUGAGGAAGCAGACGCCGAUGAUGAUUACAGUGAGUUUGGUACAGGAACAGAGAAGAGCUCCCAAGACUUGUCCGACCUUGAGCACGAGUCUGAGCUUGAGGUUGAGGAGAGUGACGAUGAGCCGAACGACAACCAAACAGUGUCGAAAUCUGUCUCCACCAACAUAUCUAACCAAAAUAGGAUCGUCAAUAAGGUAGUAGUCAAGCAGAAACGACGAUUGAAUCCUGCUACUGACAGGAGAUUUCGAGGUAAUCGCACGAAAUGA